UGCCUAUUUAGGAAUUGCGGUGGUUCGUUCCCAACUUAACGUAGCUCGCGAGCCUUUCCUUCACAUCGUGCCGGGAAUCUCACCAGCUAUCCGUUAUUUUCUGGCCGGGAACAAUAUCCAUCGGAAUGUCGAGCAAUCUUGCGAUAGAUCGCGAUGCACUGAUCAAGGCGGCUUUCGAAGCGAAAGCCUUCGCAUACAGCUCUCCAUUUCACCCCAAGUUUCCAGUCGGGGCGGCCCUUCUCUCUGAGAAUGGUGAAAUCAUUAAGGGUGCUAGCAUCGAUUGCGUCUCAUCCGGCGCUGUCUGUGCGGAAAGGACUGCCAUUGUGAAGGCCGUGAGUGAGGGGAUCCGAUCCUUCGCGGCCAUAGCCAUUGUCAGCGACGUUCCACGGCCAAUCAGUCCAUGUGGACUGUGUCGUCAAGUCAUGCAGGAGUUCUGUGCCUUUGAGAUGCCGGUUCUGAUGGCUCCUGCUGAUUACGAGGAACGCCGGAGCUCGGGGGACGAGACAGGCGGGGCGAGCAUCUUGAGCAUCCGCGAGUUGAUACAUAUCUGCGAGCCGGAGAUCUCUUACCGUCUUGUUGGAGGCGAGUCUCACUAGCUUGUAUAUCCCGUGGAAGUGAUACACAUGGGCGACG